AUGGCGAUACCUUCAGUCCACGAGUUCCACUGGCAGAGCCUUGCACGACUGCCAAGUGGUCGCGUCUACCACACCUUGUCUGAGGUGGGGGGACAGAUGUACAUGCUGGGGGGCUGUGAUGCUGCAGGCAGGCCGUGCCCCACUGUGGAGCUCUAUUCUCCUGAGGUAUGACACAAAUGCAAUGUGUACACCAUGACUUAUUUUGGUUGUGCUUUUUCUCUGAGAAUUACUCAAGCACACAAGUCAGAGUGUUGUUAGCCAUAAGAUUAAAGCAACAACACUCACUAAAUCAUUCAAGGGAAAUAAAUGUAGAAUAUUGUUUUGUUUUCAUUUCCUGAGCAAAUCAAAAACCAAGUUCUGUUCAAACAGCGGCUUUGAUUCGAUAUUGCACCAUGAAAAUAAAUCAUGACUAUACAGCUUGUCCCUUUUUGCAGGGGGACCGCUGGAUAACUUUGCCCCCCAUGCCCACGCCUCGAGCAGGGGCAGCUGUGGGAGUGCUUGGAAAACAAAUCCUGGUGGUGGGAGGAGUGGGAGAGGACCAGAGCCCCCUAAAGGUGGUGGAGAUGUACAACACAGAGGAAGGAAGGUGGAGGAAGAGGAGCGCUUUGCGAGAAGCCCUGAUGGGUGUAUCCAUCACUGUGAAAGGUAGAGACAAUUUACCAAUUCAGGGGUGUCAGUUCUGUUAAAAACUCACCAGCUGGAUUUUUCUUUUCUUAGAUUUUACCCAAAGUUUCACAAGUUGAAGUAUAACAUUUAUCGAGGGUGCCAAGAUAAUGUUUGACCCACACAGUAGGGGAUGUUUAAGGUUAUUUAGCAAGUCUACACAUACAAUAGGUGCAGUUGCCUUGCUUGCAGACAGACAGGCUGGAUUGAAAAGUCCAGCACUGGUGCAAAACUCGUUUCAAAGGAAUGUGUUCUGUGUUUAAAACAGUUAUCAAAAACCAAUAUCUCAUUAAAAGUUUUAGCUGUCAAAACAAGCAAAUAAGUGAAAUAAGAAGGCAGAAGUAGGACCAGAAAAAAACUGCAGUCAGAAAACUGGGAAUGGUAUCAACAGAAAAAAGCUGUAUUGGACACUUGACAUGAAGACUUAGGGCUCUAUUUUUGUGCCCGCCGGCGGCAAAUUUUCGCAUUUUCUGUGUGAGAAGACCCUUUUCCAUGUGGACCUUAGUUAUAAGUUCGUCAUACCUGAUUGAAUCCAUGUUUGGUCUGAUCCUAGCAGGUCCAAGCUCUUUAGCUCUCAGCUCCCCCUGCAAAGAUCUCCUCUCAAAAAUCCUAUUUUCAGUUUUUAGGUGUGCUGGUCUCUCGAUGACUCCAGCCCCAAACCUUUUCCUCAGACUCAGCAACUCAUUCCUAUAUAGUGGAUCAGGAUUUAGCACUGAGAUUUUUGUCUCAAUUAAAUUGCUGCUACCUGCUGGCUACUGGUAUGGGAUGCUUUUAUAGUGCAACUAAUUGCACCUCUAGUGGUUUCUGUCUCUUUUAUUGAAGAGACUGCUGCAACUUAUGAGGAGGGUCAGCGGAAGCUUUAGGGUAUACAUGAUUGGACCCCAGAGCAGAAAUACAUGACGGAUCAGUUACUUUAAGCACAUGGAGCACUCAGCAACACCUGAGCCUUCUUUUCGCUCCAAAUAAGUUGUUGUAUCUUUUAUUAUCGGUAAGAUAAAAUGACUUACAGUUUGUUGAAUAAAGUGCUUUUUGUUUUACUUGAUUUUUUUACUGCCUUUAUAUAAGAUACACAGAUAAUCAAGUUUUAACCAAUUUUAUGAAAGACAACUUCAGCAACAGUUCGGUACACUUUCACUUGAAGACAAAACUUCUUGGCAAGUUUUCCCUUUUGGUGUCAAUGGAGUCAUUUUGGGCUCUGACACCCAGAUAUAUCCUCAGUUUCUGGGAUCAGGCCAGCAGUCUUUAUCAAUAAGCAAUCUUUUCAGAGAGCGUCUCUCCAGCCAUAAAUGAGUUUGUGUUCAAUCCAGCGGUUCAUCUGUCAGUGUCUGUGGGAACACAGAUAGAUGCUGUGUACUCACAGACUUAUUGGCCGUGUACAGGCUUCAUCAUACUGCCCUCUCCAUCUCUCUGACCAAUCCUCGAUCCCUAGUCUUUUGCCUGCCGUUUCAUCCCCAGACACAUCCCUAGAAGCUGGGAAAAGACAAAUGGUCUGACAAAAUGAUCCAUAGGUGCAAAUUAGAACAAAUAUGGUAUUUCUAAAUGGAUGGUCAGUCAUCAGAUAGACUAAAUGAUGGCAAUUUUAUUGAUAUAAGUAGAAUCUUUAUUUCCCAGAUAUUAGGUAAUACAUUUCAGGUAAUGAGCUUUUCUGAAUGAAUAUAGACUAUUUAGAAAACUUGCAUUGGGCGUAGGCAAAGUUUGGUCAGACUCGGGUACUUUCGGUUAGGUUAGUAACUAUAACUAAUGUUCUUUGUACUUGUAUGGUGUAAUGAAGACGCCUUAAAAUGUAAACAUUAGAUGAUGUAAGCGAAGAUGAAACGAUUGAUCGCUGCUCUGGUCUGGUGGUUGCACUGCUAGUUGUGGCUAAAUGGCUAAUGCUACUCGUGCCGUCAGCAGUGGCAGACUGUGCAGACUCCGCUCACAUUUUCAUACUUUCCACGUAAUCACCCGGGAAGAACUAAUUUAAAUGAUUAAACAGAUCUGUUGUGUUGCCAGUUUUUUGUGGGCACCGACUGCUGACCAUAGACUGUAUAUACUAUGGAUAACUUGGUUCUGCCUCCCGCCUGUAUACGGAUUUGAAGCCAAAAAGCUCUCUGCAUUUCCAGGAUUUUUCUUCAUUUCCUGAAACCAGUGCUGCGCAGUAGUAUUGUGCGCAUUCGGCGAGAGAGUCGCCAAGAGUCACUGUGUUGACGCUCGGCUCAAACAGCGUAUCCCCCGGGUAAGCUACGCAAUCCCUGAACCCCUAUAGGCUGUAUCAGGUGUCAAUCAUAGAAAACAUGAACCCCCUAAUAACUUUUAAAAACGGAGCUUCACAUAAAAAAGAGGACUUGAGCACAAACCAGUCUUACUGUAACUACAUGUCAACAUCACAAGCAGGGGGGAGAAAAAUUGAUGUUCUGUGUAAUAAAUUUCUAAAGUUUGUCCACAGCUCCAUAAGCUUUGCUGGCGGAGGCGGGAUUUAUGACUUAAACUGUGUGGCUUCACCCAGUGAGGAGGCAGACUCUGUCCAUUCUUUAUACAGUCUAUGCCUCUGACACAUCGGCUUAAUUGCUUGACGUUAUUUUGGAGAUAACACCACCACCACACAACCGACGUUGAAUAAUUUUCCUACUCAUCUUUGGAGGAUGACUCAAAGUCAUGGCUGACAUCAUAUUUUGCUGCCCUCAGCUCCGUGUUUAGCUCCACGUUUGGUCAUUCUGUUUACUUCCCUUGUUUACUUCUCUGGCAACUUACAGAAAUGAGCAGGAAAAGCUCGACUCUGAUUGGCUGUUGUCACAUACAUGUUUGGUUAAGUAAAUAUGCUAACAGCUGAUCACUGUGAUCAAACUGAAAUUUAUCACGAUCAUAUAAUCGCCCAGUCCUACCUUAUUCUAUCAUAGUUUUCUUUAUAGAGAAGAAGAAAUGCUCCAGAUGAUUAUAGCUCACAAUGGUUUCUCAGUUUCAUCUUUGUUCUCACAGUGAAGGCUGCCCCCUCUCUUUGUUAUAACACCUCCACCCUCUUCCAUUCUCAUGCUAGAGAUGCUAUGCUAAAGUGCCAGACAUGGACUGCUGCAUUUUUAUUCUGCUCCUGUACUCUCUGUCCUUCACUUGCACAUCACAGCCUGAAAUCUUGUCACAAGCUCCUCAACCGACUCAGCUCAACCCUGUUGACUUUUAUUGUUGUAUAUCAUGUCUAUGCAGGGCCACCAACAUGGCCACCAUCUCCUUCUCAGACCAAUAAAGCUAUAAAUGUACGUUUGAAAGAAGUGGCAGAGGUAGAAUUUAUUAUUAUCAUUGUUUCUGUGUUUGUGUGUGUCUGUCUGUGUGUGUGUGCGCACAGAUGGUCGUGCACUGGCUGUGGGGGGAAUGGGUGCUGACCUGCUCCCUCGUAGCAUCCUGCAGCAGUAUGACCUUCGAAAGGAUGUGUGGGCACUUCUUCCUCCCAUGCCGACUCCACGCUAUGACGCCAACACACAUCUGCUGGCCAACAAACUCUACGUGGCAGGUAUACAGAGAUUUAUGUUCUUUUAUAGAGUUGUUUUAUCCUACAAGUUAAAUAUCAGUCAACAUCUACACAGUUAUAUUAAUUCCAUUUUCACAACCCUCUAGGUGGUCGCCAAUGCAAGCGACCGGUGAAGGCCUUUGAGGUUUACGACGCAGAGACACGCUCUUGGACAACGUUAACCUCCAUGCCUUGUAAACGUUCAUACGGGGGUGUGGUAUGGGACACAAAUGGAAGGUUGUGUCUGCUGGGAGGACUUCGGCAAGGAGGAGGACACCAGAGUUCAAAGUUCACCAAGAAUGUCAACAUUUUUGACACCAACCAAGGUACGAAACAUGACCCUGUCUUUAUGGCUGAUGGCAUCAUUAAGUUUUCUUUUGAACUGUUUCAGUAUUUCCUCAUCCAUUAACAUGGUGUCUUAGAGAGGCCUCAGUAGAUCAGCUAAGAAUUAGCCUCAAAUGUCGAUCCUGGACUCAGCGGGUACAAUAAGGAGUUGGAGGCCAGAUGUCAAGGGUUGGGUCAUUGUAAUUCACCGACAAAUUUGUGGUUAAUUUGUCAAGAAUGAAUCUGCUAAUUAUGAUUAGUUUCAUGCAAAUGGUGACUAGGAUGAAAGUGAAGAUGUAAUGGCUCUUUCACUGAAAAAGUCAAAGGUCGUCAUAUAAAUUUGUUAUGUUUAAGAAACUUUUAGUCUGUAAUCUUUGGGUAGUCUGAGAGUCUGUGACACUUUUUAAAAAACAGCUAUUGGUACUUUAAAUUAGUCAUGUUUCAGUCCUAGAUAUUUGAAGACAUCAGAGUGUAUUAGUGCACAUCUCUCUCUGUGAUCACACUGAUUUGGCUUUGCAGAGCUUAAAGGGAUAUUCCGGCAUAAAUUUAAGUUAUGUUAAACACACCGUAACACAGAGUUAGACACCCCCUCGGGAAUGAAUGUUGCCAACUGCUUGCUUCUCUAGUUAUACCAACUUUAGUUACGACCGCACGAUAGCAAUACACAAUACAUCUCCACGUGCCAAAAAUCCACUCUAUAACCACAAAUAAUGCUCAGAACAGCACCUAACUUCAUCAACAGUACAUAUAGGGUCCCAGCCAUAGUACUAGCCAUCAAACAUCUUUUUAACUUUGCCUGAUUUCUUUAGCAAAGACACUAAACACAACUCACCCACUCUCCUCCAGCAGCCACUUGUUUGUGGGGGAGCCCUGACGAGUUGAUCACCAAGUGGAGUUGAUCAUUUCCAUGAAGUAAUUAUCAUCAUAAUAAUCACUCAAUAAUCAAUGAUCGAUUACCAAGUGCUUCGGAGAUUCACAGCUUAUGGAAGAACAUUUAUGAUAAUUAAUUCAUGGACAUGCAAUAAGACCGAGACACUAAGGCAGAAGAACUACCUUGUCUGCAGUGCAAAAUGAUUAUUAUGAUGAUUAUUACUUUAUGGAAAUGAUCCGCUGCACUCAGUGAUUGACUCGCCAGGGCUCCCCCACAAUCAAGUGGCUGCUGAAAGAGAGUGGGUAAGUUAGCUAAAGAAAUCAGGCAAAGCCAAAAAGAUGUUGGAUGGCUAGUACUAUGGCUGUGACGCUAUAUGAUGUUAUGUUGAUGAAGUUAUGUUGUGUUCUAAACAUUAUUUGUGACUAUAGAGUGGCUUUUUGGUUGAGGUUUGUGGGUGGAGACAUAGACUGCGGUGUACUGCUAUCGUGCGGUCGUUGCUGAAGUUGGUAUAACUAGAGAAGCAAGCAGUCGACAACAUUCAUCUCUCGAGGGGGGUGUCUAACUCUGUGUCAUGGUGUGUUUGGCCCAAACUUAAUUUUAUGCUGGAAUAUCCCUUUAAGUGUUUGGUUCAGUUUUGUAGAGUUCUGGACACAGUGAUCCCAGGAUCGAUCCCAGUCCUUGCAGUAUUUUGUGCACAUCAUCCCCCCUCUUCUUCACCACCUUCCUUGUCUCUCACAGGCUGUUAUACCAAAUGAGGCAAAAUGCAUCAAAAAAAAAAGAAAAAGCUUUGUAAAGAAACAUCUAUGGAAAGGAAAGAACAUUUUCUUGCACUUUGUCCCCAGAAUAACUGACUGUGGCAGCAGCUCUUUCUCUUAAUUUGGUGUUUUGUUAAAACGUCUCCCAUCCAAGGACACCUUAUUGUUCAUGGAGCACUGAUGCAUUUGAAUCAUCCUGAACACCAACAGGGAUUACAGUGUUAGAGUUUGAAUGAAAAGAGGGUGAAGUCAGGUGCAACAGUCCAAGACCUCAGCUUUUUUCAGCUGAAUAGCACAUCAACAUGUCAGAAAACACAUUUACGUUUAAAGACUAUGCUCGGCAGGUUAUUCAACGGGUGACAGACUGCUUGGAUUGAUUAUUGUGAAGGCAUUUAUCCAAACCAACCUCAAGCAGUUGUUAAAAUGCUGUCUCUUCAAAAACACAUUUUUAAAAGCAUUUCAAUUUUUUAUUCAAAACUAGUUUUCAAUCAUGCUGACAAGAAGGCUCAGAGGCACCAUAAAGGGAGCUUUUUACUGUGAAAUGUUGCCUAGAUGCCGCGGUAAUGAACUGGUAUCUGAAAAAGCUAAACAGGCUAGUUGGCUAAAAGAAGUGAUAAUGGAGAUAAAAUAGACCCAUGUCCUGAGAUGGAAUCCAGCUCUUACUUCACAUUAUUUUAAUAGGGGUUGCUUGAAAAUGGCUGGGAUUGUGUGUGGAUGAGUGACAAACUUGUGACUGAAGGAUUGAUUGAGUGAUAGUAGUGAGUUAUUUGUGUUUGCAAAAGCAAAAAGAUGAAAGAAGCAACUAAUAGACAAUUAAAUAAUACUGGAGUUUAAAAACAAAAAGAAAAAGUGCAUUAGUGAAAACAGGAUAGUAUAUUAUAUAGCAAAAGAAGAGUAAAAUGAAAAUGAUCAAUUGACCUCGAACACAGAUGAGCCAAUGGCAGUUUAGAAUCAGUUGCACUGUGACUGGAACGCAGACAGUUGUAGCUUUCAGCUCCAUAGUGAAGUGUUAGAAGCUGUGAUUUUUCAUCUGUUUUAUGGCGUUAAUUUUGAUAUAACAGAAAGAAACAUGGUAAAAAAAAAAAAAAAAAAGGUGUGCAUGGGGUAGUUGUAAUACCGACACAAGGUAUCCCGAUGGAAUGGGCAAUGGGGUGCGUUUCAUUCCAUUUCCAAAACCAAAGAAAGACCAAAGUAAAUGUCUGCUAUGGAUUAAGUUGUGUGGCAGACCACACAGCCAACCUAACGUCCAGAAGAUCAACAAGGAUGUCUGUGUUUGUUCUGAGGCAAGUUACAUCAACAUAUGUUGACGUCAUAGAGGUAGUAGAUUUAAUAGCUUUAAAUCUACUACGUUAAUGGCGGUUAUUUAAUCGUCAUUAGCGAUGUAGUAACAAAGCUUUUGCUGCUAGUAAACUAGCUAAUGCUGAUGUUAGCCCAGGUUAGCACACUAGCAGAGUGACUGUAACACUCAGUGCCUCUACAGAUUCGUAUAAAUAAUUAAAGAUAAAUUAAUUUAAUCCUACACUGCGGUACACAAACAGUGUUGGUCUUGGAUGUUGUCAUCCACAAUCGUGACAACUGUGAGAUGAGGCUUCUCCCGCUUGCAUUGGGAUCUGUACACCCUCGCCUCCAAUUUAACUGUGUUCUCACCCACCGCAUCUAAUUUUAAAUUCUGGACACAUCCCUCCAUGGCAUAAUGAAAUCCCUUUCAAAGGCUUCUCAAAGAAUAUGGUUUUACUGUGCCCAGAAUUUCUUGAGACCCUCUUGGGGUAGCAUUUUCUCACCAGCAGCGGCCAUUGUAAAGCACUGCUCAGCUCUGAUUGCUUGUCCGAGUUGGCAACAGUAACGAAGGGAGGCGGGGCUUAGCGAUAGGUCAAUAAUACAGGGGAAAACCAGGAGGAUACAAAUGUCUUCUUUUCCUAUCAUUGACCUUUUAAAAUACAUUUUUUAAUUUUUUAAUAUUAAAAUUAGUAUUUUCCCCAUCGUGGGAUGAAUAAUGGAUUUAUCUUAUUACUUUUAAUAACUGCGCCCAAACGGCUGUAAGGAUGUACCUUGACUUGCACAAAUUGUACCCCAGGGUACACCCCGUUAUAGUCCCCAUAAUGGGUCCAACCUUAUCUCCUGGCUCUCAGCGCUUCAGUAGGCUGAACUUAACUACCCAGUGGCUGGCAGAGCGGUGAUAACAGAUGGUACAACUGCAUAGAAGGAGCAAGUUGCUGAGCUCAAUGGAAGUGUUCACCAGAGACCGCAGUUCAAGCAUCUGAGAAAAACAGAAUGUUCCUCAAACACCAGUGCAACUUAUUAUCAGUUAUUUCAAUAUCAAUCUCCUGUGCUCUGUUCGGUUUCUUUCCUCUUAUUCAAGCGUUCCCAGCACACACACGUACACACACACACACACACACAGAUGCAGUAAUGAUGGUAAACUGCCAUACAAGACUCUGGUCUGACCACUGGGAGCAAUUUAGAGUUGGGAGCUUCGGCCAAGGACACUUGGACAUGUGAACAGAAGGAGAUGGAGACAGAAACAGCAGCUCCAUGAUUAAUUGAUAAGCUGCUCUACCUGCUGAGCCGCAGCUGCUGCUAGAUUUUAAACAAAUUAAAGACCUGUCUAUCCAAAAAAUAAAGGUCAUUAUGUUAGAGCUGCUGGAGGGUUUCACAUUAGAAUAAAUUAUAUGUUUCUCUUUUUUUUUUUUUGGCUGCCAGGAAAUGUUUCAUUAUCUAAUUCUCCACUGACAGCAUCCAUCUUCAUUUCCACGUUACUGUCAUAGAGAGCGUUCGUUAACGUCGACUGUACAAUGAAGAUGUAUGGUUUGCGCUCACACAGGCUCAUCCCUCUCUCGAUGCAGCGCGCACGCUGUGUCUCCCAACAAAGUGAGACGGCACAUCCCAGAGUAACAGGUGAACAAAUUGAGGUGGGGCUGCAGGGAGAAAUGGGAGAGCAAAAAUCGAUAAUUCAUUUUAGACAGCUGGAUAUAUGGUCACACUUUGAGAUGGUUGGAAUAAAAGCCAAAUAAAGCAGAAUAUGUGAGUAGUUAUGUUAAUGUAUGAUAACGUGGAGAAAGUUUUCCUUGUUUGUGUGAGAUAAAGGAAGACAGAGGAGAAUAAACAACUUUGCGCACGCACACAAACACAGGCCUGCAUGUGCUUUUACCAAUGCACACAGGGGGGGGAGGAGGCUGCCGUACCCCGCUUUUCCAAUCUAAUUUUGGUGGAGAUGAGAUGGGAGAUGAGGUGCGGCGGGGAGGAGGGGCUGGAGGAGAGGAGCGUUUUAAAUUACAAGAUUCCAGAAACAGAUUGCUUUAUUAUCCAUCUGCAGCAAUAUCUCCACACACACACGCAUACACAGUGUCAUGCAAUCUGCUGUCACACAGUGAUAUUCUAUUACAGUUCCAUUCCAUAUCGCAGUAUUAAGAAGCACACUGGUUAGCUGUUGAUUUCAGCGCUGAGGACCAGCCGCAACAGGUCUCACUGAGGCACAAACUAAGAGUUGAGAUGUGGCAGCAAAAUAACCACAAGGGACAAAAAACUUUGUGUAAAGAGUUGGCUCACCCGAGUUAAAUCUUAAAAUUAUGUCUCCUUUAGCCAUGACAUUUAUUUAUUUAUUUUAUUUUAUUGUUUUUACAGGUUUCCUUAUCUGUCUUCACCAUAAAACAUGAGUCCAAUUUAAUAAUCCUGAUAUAUUUUUACCUGAUAAUGCUACACAUGCUGCACAUGGUUCAAACAAGAUCCCCGCUUCCUUGGAGAGAGGCUCGGUUCAUGCAUGGAUUUUCUCUUUUAAAGAUACAAACAUGUUGUUUGUGAAUCCAAUUCAUCGAGGAUGUCUUAUAUAUAUUGAUGUCUUAUACGGCCAUAAAAGCAUCAUGUUGUCACAAUACCAGCUGAUAUGUUCUAUAUAUGUCCAGCACACAUCUUACCGCUUUAACGUAUAAAAUCGAGACCUUUUGUGUUGGCUGAUUUUACAGCAUCUGAAUUCAGCCUCUUUUUAGUGCUGUUAUCUGGAGGUUGUGCUUUGUGAUAGUUAGUUUAACGCAAAUCUUUCUGCACUUGCACUGAACAGUCUUGACUGAGAGCAGAGCCGAAAUAUAAAAGUAUAAAAGUAUUUUUUUUUUCUGUUAUGUUCACAGUCCGUAGAAGCAAACCAACUACUAAAGCCUUUCUAGGUACAAUAAUGCAGGUCAACGUAUUAAAGUAUAGCAAAGUAAUAAGAAAUAAUAUGGUAACUGCUGUGUUUUUGAUGCACUUGUAUUAUGUGAACCCCUGGUUCAUGUAUCAAAAUUUGUCACUGUGGGAUUUAUUAAAAAUCAACUUGUAAAUAUUUAAAACAACAUCUACAGCAAAUGGAGUUAGAGAUUGAAUUAAGAAAGUCUAAGAAAUUAGAAGAAAUCCCAGGGGUGGGGUUGAUUGGCUGACUGGUUCUGUAGUGUGACAUGAAUCUCAUCACAACACCUGACCUGGAUAUGUUGAUCAGUAAUGGACUGAUAUCAUGUCUGUGCAGUUAUUGGCCUCUGUUUUAAGUCCUGGCUGUAUUUCCCUCUUACUCUUUUAUACUGGGGACUAUUUAAACCACCCAGAGAGUGGAUUCAGGUAUGUGUCAUGGAGGAAAUGUGUCAUCAGAAACUCCAAAGGAAUUCAAUGGAUUGCACAUCAUUUGCCCCUGCUAUAUGCUCUGCAUUAAAGGGAUAUUCUGGCGUAAAAUUAAGUGAGGUUCAAACACACCCUAUUACCAAGUUAGACACCCACUUGAAAGUUAAAUGUUGCAGACCGCGCGAUAGCAAUACAAAAAGCCACUCUAUGGCCACAAAUAAUGCUCAGAACUGCAUCUAACUUAAUCAACAGUACAUAAAGGGUCCCAGCCAUAGUACUAGCCACCAAACAUCAUUUUUGAGUGCGGACGCUUCAGUUCUUCUGCCUUAGCGUCUUGGUCUGAUUGCAUUUCCAUGAAGUAAUAAUCAAAUAAGUUUUUUUCCUUGAGCUGCAAAACUCCGCUGCACUCGGUGAUCAACUCGUCAGGGCUGCUGCUAUUGUGCAGUCGCUACUUAAGUUGGUAUAACUAGAGAAGCAAGCAGUCAGCAAUAUUCAUCUCUUGAGGGGAUGUCUAACUGUGUUAUGGUGUGUUUGACCCUAACUUAGAUUUACGCCAGAAUAUCCCUUUAAGAUCUUAUAAUAAAAGCUCUAAUUCACAGAGAAACUGUGCUGCUGACAUUUAAACAGGACUAGCUCCCAGAGCUUUUUGCAGCUCAAUGCAGUUUGCUCCAGUGUCGUGUCUUAUUGUGAUUAAGGUAAGCUGUCAGCACCUCUGCUGGCUGAAGCAGUGCUGUGUUGUCUCAUUCUGAUGACGUUUAAUUCGGUCUUUAUUGAUUUUGAGCCAAAUAUAAAGGAUUGUAACCAGUAGAGUCGGUUCCUGAUAGUUAAGACCCAAAUUUCAUAGUCGAAAGAAGCAGCCCGUUUGGUGCAUGAUGGCAUAGCUCAUGUGUGGAACCAAACAGGCCCUCAGACUAAUUUAACCCCUAAUCAGUAUCAAAAUGUUCAUGUCACAGUAAUAUUUAUGGGCUAAGCUUUAUCUUUUUAGGUCAUCCAAAGGUGGAAAGGUGACUUAAUGACUGAAAGUUUGAGAGUGACAACCCCAUAAAUACUCUUGUGCAUGCACCACUAGCUCUCAGCAAACAGUAGAAAUGUAGUGCUGUCUGUUCGAGGGCUGUUUGUGAUUUAGGUGUUUUUAAAUUUCAUAUAAAGGGGCUGGUUUUGACCCAAUUGAAUUCCUGAUGAUUAAUCUAAACCCUCUGCGUGUGCAUCGUGAUUUACACAAUGUCUUUCUGGCUCCUUUGCUCAGGUUUAGCUGGUACAAUUUCUGUGCAUGCCUCGCAUAAAUCAGGCCCUGUAUGUAGACGCUGCAUAGUUAUGUCUACUGUUCUUAUUGCAUCCAGCCCAGAACAAUUUUCUGAAGAUUGUUUGAAUCGUGUAGAACCGAGGCAGCAAUAUCAAAAUAUCAGUAAUUAUUCAGUCCCCCUGAGGCCAACCACAGACAAAUGCAUUCUUAUGUUGUCUGUAUUUGAUUUAUGUUUUGCUCCAGAUGAAAAAAAACACCCAGAAGACUUCAAAGCAGAUGUAACCAAGCAGAAAUGAGGAUAGAGCAAAUUUCUUCUUGUUUUGGACGUUGUUGUAAGCUGAUGUGAAAUCAUUAUUAAUGUCUAGUUGUGAGAUUCUGCUCAAAAGGAUCAUCGGCGUGUCACAGUGCGCUCCCAGAUUUCACAUUUUACAGACACACAGAAGCCAUCAAAGACCAGGACCCAAUCUUUAUUCCCAGUUUUAAUCAUGCUGGACAAUUACAGCAGAGGGAUAUGGACUAAAUGACUCCCACACCAACUACAAAGACCAGUCUUCAGAGACUCCUCUCAUCUCCCUCAGUUUAUUGUCUCUCUCUCUUUCUCUCUCUUUUUACUCUCUGCUGCCAACCCCCUCUAGAGUAGAAUAAUGUGUGCUGGUGUUUUCUCUGCAUCCGACAAAGAAAAUCUUGGCACAAAGAUGUGUGUAAUCCUUCCAAAGCAAAUAGGAAUGAGGUCUGCAGUUGAAACUCAGCCUCUGAGGAUUGGACCGUAAGUCUGUCGUGUGAUGUGUUGACACAACUGUAAUUUAAAGAGGGAAAUCCUGCCUGUGACACUGUUGGCACUGUUCAGGAAAGACUUACAAGUGUUUCUGCUUGAAUUCUGCUUCGUAGAUUUAUGAGAGUUUAGGUUUCUAAGAUGUGGAAGUCCUCACACUAGAAUGUAGUUGUCUUUUGUAGACACUCUACUAAUGGAGGAACACCAGCUGAGAUAGUUUUGAUGCAAGCCCAAGAGUCCUUCACUCAUAUUUGUUGAGCAUGAACUAGGGCUGCAGGAUUUUGGCCAAAAUUAACAUCCUGAUGUUUUUCUCUGAAAACUCGAUUUUAGAUUUUGUUUUUUUUGUUCAGUGACAACUUCACCAAACCUCACUUUAAUAUGUUUUUCUCUCAAAACAAAAUCACUGAAAACAAUGUAGUACAUAUGCCAUGCCAGUAAGUGGUGCUGUUGAGGAAAUGCACAAAAGACAGAAGAAGAGUACAGAGCAUGCUUAUGAAAGUCGAUUUGACCGGGCACGCACAGGCACCAUAAAAGAGUUUCGCUGUGUGUGAUAUAUCCGUUUCAAGAGAGAUGCAGAUAGGCAUCCACACAGAGAUGAAAUGAUAGUCAUUUACAGAUUUAUGCACUCUGAUACCUGUUUUCAUAAAGAACCAAAACACUGUUUCCAUGUGGAUAAAACGCCAACCGACAAAAAAUUUAGGCCUUUACUCCUGAAUUCAUUUCUGUGUGGACGGGUUGAUACCGCCUUCAGACAGACCUGCAGCAGGAAGUGGUUUGCUCUUAAUCCAAAACUGUAAAGCUGUACCAAUUCCACAUGACUGACUUGCUCUUACCCUAUUUAGCCAUGAAAUUACCGCCUUCUUUUGCGAACGCCAUGUUUGUUUACACUGGUGUGUGUGGGAACUGGGAAGCGCUCCCACAGGAGGGGGGAGCCUAUGGUGGCCUGGAGUCAGAUAGAGGAAAAUCGAUUUGAUGCUUUUAACUUUUUUUAACAUCGUCAUGAUCAAAUAAUCUGAUAACGAUUUAAAAUCGAUUUAUCUUGCAGCCAUAAAGGAUUUUUCAUGCUGUCAGCAGGAGCUUUAUUAGGCCUUCAUUAGGAUAGCUAAUAACUAGCUAGUCCUGGCUUUAUACCAGAGACUGUAAACAGACUUGUUGCUAACAUGCACAGGGGCAGAAAAUCACCAGAUGACUAGUUGAAGAUAUUUGACUGGUUUGAAAAUGCAAACCAACAGUGAUGUAAUCUAGUCUGGUGGUCAUAACUGGUCAGAGCAGAGAUUUCAACAAGAUUUGUCGGUUUGCUUUCUAUCAACAUCAUUUUCUCAAUUUAAGGGUCAUCAUUUUCAUUGCAGGAUAACCCAGCUUGUUUGAAGUUGUACAAAAAUGGAGCCACACAUCUUAAACCCUGUAAAAUACACCUCAGUUUGAUGUUUUAGAAGGGUGUGAAAUGUCAGACAAGAUUCUUUUCUUCACUUUGAAGGCGAACAGAACAGAGUGUACGGCCAGCUGUGAUCUCCAUUCUGUCCUCCUCUGUGUAAACCAGGCUGGAAAUGAAAACACCGCUCUUCAUUACACUCUGCUGCUGCAACAUCCAAGAAGGCUCGCCAUCUGGCUGCUUAUCUUUCCUCUAUUGUUUCUCUCCACCUUGCUGUCUCUGCCUGUUGUUUAAGGAAAAGCACAGCAGAUAAAUGAGGUAUAAGAGGAGGAAAGAAUAGCGGUAGGAAAGAGAAAAGGAGGGAAGAAAACGAGAAUGAGGAAGAGGGUGCAGAAGGAAAAGAGAGCGAGGGAAAAGAGAGAAGUUAGAGAUAAAGAGAAAGACCUCCCUGGUUCUUACUUUAUCUUUCUUUCACUCGCUCUGUCUAGCUCCCUCUCUCUCUCUAAUGAAGUUAUCUUUCUUCAGCCGUCAUCACUCCCUCCAGGUUUCUGCUUCCCCUUAGAAAAAAAAACACAUUUUCAAGCAACAGAACCUAAAAUUAAAAUAAAACUGUUGCUCUGUUUGUCACUUCUCUCAUGAACUCGUUUUCAAAUCUGUUGUUUUUUUCUUCUUAGCUUUUAUGAAGGAGGAAACUGAAAGCAAAACAUCACACUAUCAGUCGUUAUUGUCAGCUAAUUAGGAAUAUCAGGUUUUAAUUGGAAUGUCUGUGUGCCCUUAAUGUGACCCUCAUCCCUGAAGCAGGUACCUUUAAAACCUACAGAGAUUCUCUCUCUGUCUGAACUGAGAUUGGAAAUUAGCAGUGAUAAACCGAUGCAAUGGAGGGAGUAGAAACAGAUUAAUACACUCAGAGGCUUGAAGACUGUUAAGUUGUUGUCUUGCUGAAACCAGCAGGGACGUCCCUGAAAAAGGUGGCAGUAGAUGAAGACAUGUAUGUACCUUUGAGUAUUAAUGGAGCCAUGCCAUGUUAAAUGUUGUUUUUGGGUCUUACAUGCAGAGAUUUCUCUGAUUCUCUGAAUCUUCUGAUGAUAUUUUGGACUGUAGAUGAUCCAACUCUAAAUUUCUGAGAAACGUUAUUCUUAAACUGAUUGACUAUUCACUCAUGCAGUUGUUGACAAAGUGGUGAACCUGUCUUCAUCCUUGCUUGUGAAAGACUGAGCCUUUUAGGGAUGCUCCUUUUAUACCCAAACAUGACCCUCACCUGUUUCCCAUGAAACUGUUCACCUGUAAAAUGAUCCUAACAGGUGGUUUUGGAGCAGUCCAUAGUUUUCAGACUUUUGUCUACCCUGAACCAACUUUUUAGGAAUGUAGCACUAGCUUGAGUGAUAGAGAGAGAGGGGGAUGACAUGCAGCACAAUGUUGGGACAGGAAUCGAUCCUGUGACCGCAGUGCUAACCACAGUGCCAGACAUGGAUACUCUUCCAGAGUAUACUCCUAAAGGGAGUCGAUCACUGAGUACAGCUGAAAAAUUUAUGAUUAUUACUUCAUGGAAAUACAAUCAGACCGAGAUGCUAAGGGAGAAGAAGUACUGCGUCUGCAGUGCACAUAAAAGAUACACAAGAACUCUGAUUGCAUUUCCAUGAAGUUAUGAUCAUAAAUGUUCUUCAUUGAGCUGCGAAACCCUGCUGCACUCUGUGAUCGACUCAUCAGGGCUCCCUGACAAACAAGUGACUGCUGGAGGAGAGUGGGUGAGUUGUGUUUAGUCUCUUUGCUAAAGAAAUCAGGCAAAGCUAAAAAGAUGUUUGAUGGCUAGUACUAUGGCUGGGACCCUAUAUGUACUGUUGAUGAAGUUAGGUGCUGUUCUGAGCAUUAUUUGUGGCUAUAGAGUGGAGUUUGGUUGAGGUUUGGACAUAGAGACAUAGACAGCUGUGUACAACUAGAGAAGCAAGCGGUCGGCAAAACUCAUCUCUCGAGGGGGGUCUCACUCGAUGUUACAGUGUGUUUGACCCUAACUUAAAUUUCUGGAAUGUCCCUUUAUAAAAGAUACAUAUUUAUAUACAAGUACACUCAAACCCCAUGCACAAACACAUACUUAAGUAUAUCUUGAUCAAAAAUUUGAGUAUAAGUACUGGAUAAAUAUAUUUAGACUUUCUAAAUCAUUCUUAUUACAAGCCAAGUGUACUAAAGAUAAGUUAUUUGCUGACAUCUUACUCGUCACCAGUGUUUCUAGGGGAAAAUGUAACAAAAGGUUGUUUUGUUUUGGCAGUGUGCAGCUUAUCCUUUUGUCAGUCAUCUCCCCCAUGGCAGACUUUAAAAUAACUACACAUAAAUAGUCUGUCUCCCUCCCGGUUUGUGUUUCUUUUUGGAGGUCAUGAUGAGGCUGAGGUUUUAACUUCAGUCUGUGUCAUUCCCAGCUAAAAAACUCCUCCCAGGAGCUUUAAAAUUUAAGUCAGCAUAAAAUCAGAUAGGCUGAAUAAACUUUGCUUAACUUCAGAGGUCAGAAAAGACCCAUGAGCGACUCAUUUUAACCAUGCUUCAAAGUUAUGUAACAAGUGUUAGGUCAAAUAAUUGGCCAAAAAGCUUACACCAGUAUCCUCACUUAUUCUGCCAAGGUGAAGCCUGACCCAAACGUCCCCGUCCUCUCUGUCUGUGUUUGUUGUCUGGACUUGUUCUAACCUUGAUCAGGUGGUGAGUGUGUUUGUAGAGCUGGCUCGUGGGUGACCUGUGUGUGCAGGUCACCCUCUGAAAACAAACUCAGCAGCAUCAUGUCUGGCUAGAGCAGGACUAAGAGGCCACUAACUUUACCUUCAGCGACAACUGGACUGAAUAAUCCUGAAUGAACUCACACAUGCACUUUCUUUAGCUGCCGCUUCUUGUUCUUCUCUAGGAACCUGGUUGAAGUCAGAGGAGACAGUGCCCAUGAAAACAAAGCGAGCUGACUUUGCUGCUGCUUUCCUGCGCGGACGGAUGGUGGUAGCAGGAGGACUCGGUAAGAGAGAGAGACAUUCAGAUUCUGUAAUUGAUAGUGCUGGCUUUACUUGACCUCAGCUUCAUAAUCAGAAGUCCUAAGUUAUGUAGAGUUAUGAAAGUAUGUUGUCAGUUUUGGCCUUUGUUACUUUCCCGAGCAGUGUCUUACAUGCCAGCAGCCAUUAUGGGAAAGACAUGUAUGUCUUCUUCAGGUCACGAGCCCUCGGCCCUCGACACAGUGGAGACCUUCCAUCCACAGAAGAAAAAGUGGGAGAGAUUGGCUCCCAUGAACUUCCCCCGAUGCUCCACCUCCUCCAUCAUCAUCAGAGACCGCCUCCUGGUGGUGGGAGGAGUCAACCAGGUAUGCUCUUUUGUACUGAACUGUUAUUUACACUCACCGGCCACUUUAUUAGGUACACCAUGCUAGUAACGGGUUGGACCCCCUUUUGCCUUCAGAACUGCCUCAAUUCUUCGUGGCAUAGAUUCAACAAGGUGCUGGAAGCAUUCCUCAGAGAGCUUGGUCCAUAUUGACAUGAUGGCAUCACACAGUUGCCGCAGAUUUGUCGGCUGCACAUCCAUGAUGCGAAUCUCCCGUUCCACCACAUCCCAAAGAUGCUCUAUUGGAUUGAGAUCUGGUGACUGUGGAGGCCAUUUGAGUACAGUGAACUCAUUGUCAUGUUCAAGAAACCAGUCUGAGAUGAUUCCAGCUUUAUGACAUGGCGCAUUAUCCUGCUGAAAGUAGCCAUCAGAAGUUGGGUACAUUGUGGUCAUAAAGGGAUGGACAUGGUCAGCAACAAUACUCAGGUAGGCUGUGGCGUUGCAACGAUGCUCAAUUGGUACCAAGGGGCUCAAAGAGUGCCAAGAAAAUAUUCCCCACACCAUGACACCACCACCACCAGCCUGAACCGUUGAUACAAGGCAGGAUGGAUCCAUGCUUUCAUGUUGUUGACGCCAAAUUCUGACCCUACCAUCCGAAUGUCGCAGCAGAAAUCGAGACUCAUCAGACCAGGCAACGUUUUUCCAAUCUUCUAUUGUCCAAUUUCGAUGAGCUUGUGCAAAUUGUAGCCUCAGUUUCCUGUUCUUAGCUGAAAGGAGUGGCACCCGGCGUGGUCUUCUGCUGCUGUAGCCCAUCUGCCUCAAAGUUCGACGUACUGUGCGUUCAGAGAUGCUCUUCUGCCUACCUUGGUUGUAACGGAUGGUUAUUUGAGUCACUGUUGCCUUUCUAUCAGCUCGAACCAGUCUGGCCAUUCUCCUCUGACCUCUGGCAUCAACAAGGCAUUUCCGCCCACAGAACUGCCGCUCACUGGAUAUUUUUUCUUUUUCGGACCGUUCUCUGUAAACCCUAGAGAUGGUUGUGCGUGAAAAUCCCAGUAGAUCAGCAGUUUCUGAAAUACUCAGACCAGCCCUUCUGGCACCAACAACCAUGCCACGUUCAAAGUCACUCAAAUCACCUUUCUUCCCCAUACUGAUGCUCGGUUUGAACUGCAGGAGAUUGUCUUGACCAUGUCUACAUGCCUAAAUGCACUAAGUUGCCGCCAUGUGAUUGGCUGAUUAGAAAUUAAGUGUUAACGAGCAGUUGGACAGGUGUGCCUAAUAAAGUGGCCGGUGAGUGUAUAUGAAUCUGGAGUCUGUAAUAUUAUCUUAGUAGACAAGAGACUUUUUUUUUUUUUAGUACUGACACACAGAACAAGGCCAGUCUGUCACUAGCUGCGUUUCCAUUACCCAUAGAUUUGCGCAAAACCUAAAUAUCGCAAUAGAAAACUGGUAAUGGAAACAUCUAAAUUUCGAAAAACCUCUCAAAUAUCGCUAAAAAGUUUUUACGCUCUCAUGAGGUGGUUUUUCAGAUGUGCCGAUAUAGAAGUAUAUCGCAAAAGUGUCAUGGAAACACUAUUCUCGAAAUUUUACGUCACCGGGCAUGAUGUAGCGGGUCAUGUGAUCAUGCUUCCGAGUGGGAACUGCCUCCCCGGGGCUUGACAUGGCGGGUGCCACAAGAGGCUCAAUAGCAUCACAGUUCAUUGAACGUAUCCCGGGGUCAUCCUGAAGUUUUGAAUCCACAAUUCGUCUGUGAAUUCCUCAUUAACGAUCCUCUCCCAGAAGUCCCUCAUCCGUGUCCGCUCCCAUACAUGUGAGUGAGUGCAAUUGUUUUAUUUUAUUAUAUCUUUAUUAUAUUUUUAUUUUAUUAUAUUUAAAGGAAUAUUCCGGGGUAAAUUUAAGUUAUGGUCAAACACACGGUAACACUAAGUUAGACACCCCCUCGAGAGAUGAAUGUUGCCGACUGCUUGCUUCUCUUGUUAUACCAACUUACGCAACAACCGCACAAUAGCAAUACACAGCGGUCUAUAACUCUACGUGCAAACCUCAACCAAAACGCCGCUCUAUAGCCACAAAUAAUGUUCAGAACAGCACCUAACUUCAUCAACAGUACAUAUAGGGUCACAGCCAUAGUACUAGCCAUUAAACAUCUUUUUAACUUUGCCUGAUUUCUUUAGCAAAGAGACCAAACACAACUCACCCACUCUCCUCCAGCAGCCGCUUGUUUGUGGAGGGAGCCCUGGCGAGUCGAUCACAGUGUGUUUGGCAUAACUUAAGUUAAUGCUGGGAUAUCCCUUUAAGUGCAAAUGUUUUACUUUUGAACUAGUCUUGUCAAUUCAGUUGUUAUUUGUCUUAUUCAACAUUACCAAAUGUUAUUUGUGUUGUUUGUGUUUUGAUUUAUUACGUUUAAUGUGGUUAUUCGUUGAAACUUGAUGUGCUGCCAUUCUCGAUCGUGAUCUUGGAUCUUAACUGGACUAACCUGAUUAGAUAAAGGUUAUGAUAAUAAUAAUAAAAAUAAUAUUGGUGUUCAGGUGUUCUGAAUAUGGUCCAAUAAUAGAGAGGAAGUUGUCUGUCCUUCUCAAACCAUCAGAAACCUAAAGCCAGAGGGUCGCCUCUGUACCUUUGUGGGUCACUCUGGCUUGCUGGUUCUGUAGUGGAGCCGCAGUGUGGAGUAUCCACUCAUUUGAAGGAUCUCUAGAGAAGCUUACAAAGAGGUGAGAGUUGGCUGGAGGAAACUAAAAUGAUGGAAGGAUCUGAAGAGGGUGUUUGACUGGUGUGCCUGAUUUUAACUCAGUCAGGUCAUGAAAAGCAAUAACAAAAUCCACACUGAAUGAAGCAUAUGUCAAUUCACAGCUAUCCUUGGCUUUGGAUCACUCGAGCCCGUAGACAGACACUGUCAUCUUUUGGAGGCCGCCUGUCUUUGGGCGCUUGGGUGUGAUUGGAGUGGCAGAUGGGGUGGUAGUUCCUGUGUCUGAUGGGAACCUAAGGGUUUGCUUCAAUUAUUGGUGCAUCACUCUAUUCAGCUCCCAUAUGCCAGGUUGCUGUGAAGGAGUCUCUGACAGUUGUCAAACCUCAGGUCCAAUCGGUGACAGGGGAGAAACAUCUACCUCAGCCGUCUGGUCCUUAUAUAACCAAAACACAAAGAUAUGAGAAGAUAAAAAACUCAUUUUCAGGCUGGUGGUACAAAUAUAAAUGAACAUAAGAUGAAAAAAGGGAAAUAAAGUUUUUUUUUUUCUUUGCUGUUUUCUGGACUAAUUUUUUUUCUUCUUUCUGUUUUCCGACUUUUUUUUCCUGUUUUUUGUACUAAAAAUUUUUCCGCCUCUUUCUGUUUUCCGGUCUUUUUUCUUUUCAGACAAUUUUUUUUUUCUGACUUUAAUCUCAUAAAAUCAGUUAACAGUAACCACUGCAGCUGCUCCAAAUCAGCGGAUUCUCCAGUUCCAACAUGGUUUUGACUACGGGGCAAUGAGAGUUAAGCAUGUUAUCAGUGAAAAACAGAAACAUAAUUCACUCUGAAAACCUUUUUUUUUUUUUUUUUUUUGGGCAAAUGCAAUACUCUUUUGUACUGUACAGCUUUGCACAAGAAAAACCAUAAAUGAAUUCAGGAUGAAAGUUAAAAUGUAUAACCAGGGUUGCUCCUCAGGGUCAUGACCACCAUAGGCCUGAGGAGCUGAGGGGUUAGGCGCCCACAAUAGAGGUGUUUUAUUUUCUACCGGUGUCAUAAGUAAAGUGGUGAUAAAGAAAGCAAUUAGUCAUACUUUAAGCUUGAAAUGUUUUAAUACCAAUGAAUACAUCUUUGUGCAACAGAUAAACCUCUAAAUUUAUACUAAAUAAACUGAAAACUCUUUAACUGAAUAGCUGUUCUUAUUGCUGUAGGGACUCUUUGUAAACCACGGGGACAUUUUGAACUUAAAUAGGAAGAAAUUGAAUAAAAAGCAAAACUCUUGUAAACUUGUUUAUCUUCUUAUUCACAUAAGAGAAAAAGUGUAAAACAUCACUCCCUCCAAAGUCUUGGACUCAUCAGAAACUCUUCCUCUCUGAGUUACUCCUUUUUCAAAGCGUAGUGGUAAAACUCUGACCAGGACUGCUGAGAGUUGAGAGUGAUCAGGAGUUCACUCCUCAUGAGCUCCAUGGAGCACCUGUUCCUGCAGUCUCUCCAUUUGUUGUUGGCCAUUCUGGAAAAUAUCCUCACCACAUAUCCUGUAGGUGCUGGGACGCUCAGGAUGUGGCUGAUGACCGGCUACAGACAGGAGCUGAGCCUCAGUUUUUCCUGUGUUGUAUUUUAUUUUGUUAGGUUUAGUGUUGAUGUGUGUAUGUGUGUGUGACAGACGUGUAUUGGACAUUUAUGAACAUACGGAACAUGUAAUUACCAAAUAAAGGACGAUUCCGUAUAUUACAGGGCAACCUUUUGUAUAACAUGCUUGAAGUGCAAAGACAGUUGGUUAAGUGACGAAGUGUUGAAGUGUUGAUGUGAUUGUACAAACUUUACACUGUUUAUGCAUGUAACAUCGCACAGGGUAGCACAUGUAAUGUAUCUACGGAUGCAAUAUUACACAGGAGGUGCAUACAGAGAUAGAUACGUGUGCACGUGAUGAUUGAAUAAUGAGAUAAGGUCACAGCUCUGGUUUGUCCUGAGCCGUGCCUUCAGGUGACCCUUGAAAAUUGCAAAUUUAGAGCAAGCCCUGACUGAGAGUGGGGGGCUGUUAGAUAAUGUGCUCCCUUUGAACAACACAUUAUGUUUGAUCAAAGCUGGAUUGUUGAAGGGGAACCCCGCUGUCACCUCUAACAGUCGCCCUGGUUUCUGUAUCUGAAGAGUCACUAAUUGCUUCAUGUUGGAUAUAAUCAUUUAGUAGAGGUGGUGCCAGCAUAUGAGGGACUUCAUACUGGAAACUUGAAAAUGCGGAGGAGUCACUGACACCUUCCCCACCGCUCAGGUUUCGUUAAAAAUUGCAGUAUAAUCAUCCUCAACCCUUUCACGAAUGGCCUGGUUUGCCUCUGUCUAUCAUCAAAAGGCUUCAGUAUGAAUUUCAGUCGAUUUCAUAAAUGUCAAAAAAGGAGCUUGAAGUUUAAAAAAACAACAUAAUUGACAGCCCAUGAGCUAGCAUCAGAAAACAGAUAAUUUUAGCAGCCAGCCACCCUCUAGUCAACAGCAGCAGUUAAAAAAGUGCAUGCAGUUACAAGCAAAACCCUUUCAUUCAUAGAUUAUACUUUGGAAGCACUCAUGUUUUUGAUAAAGUUUAUUUUUAAAUCACAAAAGCUCUCCAAUAAUAUCCAUAUGCUGUACGGGGUCUCACGUUAGCCUAUUAGCCAGUUGCUAAUUUCUUAUCAAUCUCUGAGGUCUAUAUCCCUGAGACUGAGAUGAGACAAUGACCACCGUGUGUCAGGAUAACCUUGUUUACAUGGCCUGAACAGCACAAACACAUGAUAACAAAGUUUGAAUUUUCCUCCCUGAACAGGACGACACAAGAACAGGCCCACUGUGGGAAUCUCUAAGUGUAACAUAUACCGUGUCUGGUUGAAUAGUUAGUGAUUCUUCGCCGUGACUUCGACAUCAGAGUGACUAUUUGGUUAUUAUAACGGCUUGUUCGCUAGUUGGGUCUACUUAAAUUGCUUGUUCAUGACCUGGAUCCUCUAUAAUUGCUUGUUUGUGAUUCAAAGCUGGUCCACAUUUUAAUGAGUUCCUCUUUGGCCCGUGCUUCACCUCUCCAUCAAGUGUAAUGAAAACUGGGCGAGUCGGUUUUUUUUUUGCAAUUCUGCCGAUAAACAAACAAACAGCACCUAAAGCGUAACCUCUUUGGAGGAGGUAAUAAACACCUCUGCCGCUCAGACAGAUGAAGUUAGAUUAAUGUGCUCUAUCAGUGUGAGGGAAAAUAUUGGUCCUGAAAUUCAUCCAACCUUUUCUUUGUCUCCUGUCUCUCUCUCUCUCUCUCUCUCUGUCAGGUUCCUAGCUCCGCCAAUGAGAUUCUGUACGUGAAAGAAGAAGAGUAUCUGUAG